AACGGGCGUCGCCGGCGCCGUGUGACUGAGUGCUGUGUGGUUGCUCCUAACGGCUCUUCGGCCAUGGUUUUCUCAAACAACGAUGAAGGCCUUAUUAACAAAAAGUUGCCCAAAGAACUUCUCUUAAGAAUCUUUUCCUUCCUGGACAUAGUAACUUUGUGCAGAUGUGCACAGAUUUCUAAGGCUUGGAAUAUCUUGGCCCUUGAUGGAAGCAACUGGCAAAGAAUAGAUCUCUUUAACUUUCAGACAGAUGUUGAGGGUCGUGUGGUGGAGAACAUCUCGAAGCGGUGUGGCGGGUUCCUGCGGAAGCUCAGCCUGCGGGGCUGCAUUGGCGUGGGAGACGCCUCCUUGAAGACCUUUGCCCAGAACUGCCGAAACAUCGAACAUUUAAACCUCAAUGGGUGCACAAAAAUUACGGAUAGCACGUGUUACAGCCUUAGCAGAUUCUGUUCUAAGCUGAAACAUCUGGAUCUGACCUCCUGCGUGUCCAUUACAAACAGCUCCUUAAAGGGCAUCAGCGAGGGCUGCCGAAACCUGGAGUACCUGAACCUCUCUUGGUGCGAUCAGAUCACGAAGGAUGGCAUCGAGACACUGGUGCGAGGGUGCCGUGGCCUGAAAGCCCUGCUCCUAAGGGGCUGCACGCAGUUAGAAGAUGAAGCUCUGAAGCACAUUCAGAACUACUGUCACGAGCUUGUGAGCCUCAACUUGCAGUCCUGCUCACGCGUCACAGACGAAGGCGUGGUGCACAUCUGCAGGGGCUGUCACCAGCUGCAGGCCCUCUGCCUCUCGGGCUGCAGCAGCCUCACCGAUGCGUCUCUCACAGCCCUGGGGUUGAACUGCCCAAGACUGCAAAUUUUGGAGGCCGCCCGAUGCUCCCAUUUGACUGACGCAGGCUUUACACUUUUAGCUCGGAACUGCCACGAGCUGGAGAAGAUGGACCUUGAAGAAUGCAUCCUGAUAACAGAUAGCACGCUCAUCCAGCUUUCCAUUCACUGUCCCAAGCUGCAAGCGCUGAGCCUGUCUCACUGUGAGCUCAUCACAGAUGAUGGGAUCCUGCACCUGAGCAAUAGCACCUGUGGCCAUGAGCGACUGCGGGUGCUGGAACUGGACAACUGCCUCCUCAUCACAGACGCAGCCUUGGAGCACCUGGAGAGCUGCCGAGGGCUGGAGCGCCUCGAGUUGUACGACUGCCAGCAGGUCACUCGUGCAGGCAUCAAGCGGAUGCGGGCUCAGCUUCCUCAUGUCAAAGUCCAUGCCUACUUUGCCCCUGUCACUCCGCCGCCAGCUGUGGCCGGAGGUGGACAGCGACUGUGCAGGUGCUGCAUCAUCCUGUGAGGGCAGCGGCUGCCUGGGCCCAAGGAGUGAUGAAGACGCUUCCUCUAGUGAGGACCAGAGACUUCCAGACUCCUCCACUGUCACCCAAACCUGUCGAUUCUCCAUUGGGAAAACUUACAGGUAAAGGACUUCGGUGUGGAUUGCAGUAACUGGCGAUAGCUCUAACCUGUACUACGCUGUAAUGCAAUCAAAGCCAAGCCCUGUAGCAGCACAUGGCAAGAGUGGUCUAGUGCAGCCAAGACUGAAGGAAACCAGGAUCCCUUCAGAGGUGGGGACCUGCUCUUGGGGUAGUCAGCAUCCCUCACACACACCAUCAGUAUCAGCACAAACUGAACAGCAGAG